GUAUUUAAGAGAAGUGGGCCCCAGAGCAAAUGGGUUUCGGGUAGGGGGAGCCAGCUCCACCCGGGUAAUGAAGCCCAUUUCAGCCUCAUUCCUUUCCCACGGCGGGGGCAGCCUUCCUUCCCCGGGCCUGGCUGGAGGUGGAGGCGGGCCCAAGGUUAAGGGGUCAGCUUGCUCACCUAGGGCCGGGAGACAGUCACAUUUUGGCGGAAAGUUGGCAGCCACGGUCCCCCUCCCCUGCUUUUCUCCACGACUCUCCACCCCGCUCCGGGUGAUACGACGGAGGUGGGGGGUUGGGGGAACUGGCCUUGUGUUUUGGAACAGCUGCAGCCGGCGCUGGGCCCGCCUGGAAUGCGGGAGCAGGCUGCGCACCAGGACUUUUAUGGAAACUUGCUGCUGGAGACGGCGGCGGCGGCCAGAGGUCUCCCAGCGGCUGGAGCAGAAGUGUUAGCGGCCAGAGCUCCCAGAACCCUACCCACUGCCAGGCAGGACGCGCACUGUCUCUCCGAGCGAAAGGAGGACCUUCGCCAGUCACUGGCUCCUGCAGGGUGCAAAAAUAUACAGAGCUUCAUAAUCAGCCCAAGACCACAUAGAGCAAACAUGAAUGAUAUUUCCCAAAAGGCUGAGAUUCUGCUUUCUUCAUCUAAACCUGUCCCAAAAACCUAUGUACCAAAACUUGGCAAGGGUGAUGUAAAGGAUAAGUUUGAAGCCAUGCAGAAAGCCAGGGAAGAAAGAAAUCAAAGGAGAUCUAGAGACGAAAAGCAAAGAAGAAAAGAACAAUAUAUUAGAGAGAGAGAAUGGAACAGGAGAAAGCAGGAGAUUAAAGAAAUGCUUGCUUCUGAUGAUGAGGAGGACAUAUCUUCUAAAGUAGAAAAGGCUUAUGUUCCAAAACUAACAGGAACUGUUAAGGGUAGAUUUGCUGAAAUGGAGAAACAAAGACAAGAGGAACAAAGGAAGAGAACGGAGGAGGAACGAAAACGCAGAAUUGAGCAGGAUAUGCUAGAAAAGAGGAAAAUACAGCGUGAAUUAGCGAAAAGGGCUGAGCAGAUUGAGGACAUAAACAAUACGGGAACUGAAUCAACAUCAGAGGAAGGAGAUGAUUCACUACUUAUAACUGUGGUACCUGUCAAAUCAUAUAAAACAUCUGGAAAAAUGAAAAAGAAUUUUGAGGAUCUAGAAAAAGAACAUGAAGAGAGAGAAAGGAUCAAGUAUGAGGAAGAUAAAAGAAUAAGAUAUGAUGAACAACGACGAUCUCUCAAGGAAGCAAAGUGUCUUUCAUUGGUCAUGGAUGAUGAAAUAGAAAGUGAAGCAAAAAAAGAAUCACUUUCUCCUGGAAAGUUGAAACUAACUUUUGAAGAAUUGGAGCGACAAAGACAAGAAAACCGGAAGAAGCAAGCUGAAGAGGAAGCAAGAAAACGUUUAGAAGAAGAGAAGCGUGCUUUUGAAGAAGCAAGGCGGCAAAUGGUAAAUGAAGAAGAGGAAAACCAAGACACAGCAAAAAUUUUUAAAGAGUACCGCCCUGGUAAACUCAAACUUAGUUUUGAAGAAAUAGAAAGGCAAAGGAGAGAAGAUGAAAAAAGGAAAGCAGAAGAAGAAGCCAGAAGGAGAAUAGAGGAAGAAAAGAAGGCAUUUGCUGAAGCAAGGAGAAACAUGGUAGUAGAUGAUGACUCCCCAGAGAUGUAUAAGACAAUCUCUCAAGAAUCUCUUACACCGGGAAAACUGGAAAUUAAUUUUGAAGAAUUAUUAAAACAAAAGAUGGAAGAAGAAAAACGACGAACAGAGGAGGAACGGAAGCAUAAGCUAGAAAUGGAGAAACAAGAAUUUGAACAACUAAGACAAGAAAUGGGAGAGGAAGAGGAAGAAAAUGAAACUUUUGGACUGAGCAGAGAAUAUGAAGAAUUGAUCAAAUUAAAAAGGAGUGGAUCUAUUCAAGCUAAAAAUCUAAAAAGCAAGUUUGAAAAAAUCGGACAGUUGUCUGAAAAAGAAAUACAGAAAAAAAUAGAAGAAGAAAGAGCAAGAAGGAGAGCAAUUGACCUUGAAAUUAAAGAGCGAGAAGCAGAAAAUUUUCAUGAGGAAGAAGAUGUUGAUGUUAGGCCUGCAAUAAAAAGCGAGGCUCCAUUUACUCACAAAGUGAAUAUGAAAGCAAGAUUUGAACAAAUGGCUAAGGCAAGAGAAGAAGAAGAACAAAGAAGAAUUGAAGAACAAAAGUUACUACGCAUGCAGUUUGAACAACGGGAAAUUGAUGCAGCACUACAAAAGAAAAGAGAAGAGGAGGAGGAGGAAGAAAAUAGCAUCAUGAAUGGCUCCACUACUGAAGAUGAAGAGCAAACCAGAACAGGAGCUCCAUGGUUCAAGAAACCUCUUAAAAACACAUCAGUUGUAGACAGUGAGCCAGUCAGAUUUACCGUUAAAGUAACAGGAGAACCCAAACCAGAAAUUACAUGGUGGUUUGAAGGAGAAAUAUUGCAGGAUGGAGAAGAUUAUCAAUAUAUUGAAAGGGGAGAAACUUACUGCCUUUACUUACCAGAAACUUUCCCAGAAGAUGGAGGAGAGUAUAUGUGUAAAGCAGUCAACACUAAAGGAUCUGCAGCUAGUACCUGUAUUCUUACCAUUGAAACUGAUGACUACUAGCUCCCCUCCCCUCUUCCUGGAACUUUCUCUUUCACUCCAGCUUUCUUAUUACAUCCAUCUUUUCUGUGGCGGGGCCAAAAAAGGAAACCAGGAGUGCCAUUAUAUUGACUUCUUACUCAUGUACUUUACAUAAGUCUUCAAAACACAGCUCAUCUAAAGAAUGCCUUCUUCUUUUCCACAUGAACAUCAGAUUUAUCACCUAUUAUGCAGUAACAGUUGAUAAAAUGUACUUAAUUGCGGGGUGGGAAAUUAUUCAAUUAUUUUAUCAGAACCUAUUAUAAAGGCUGUGUAUUUCCCAUAGACGUUUACAACAACUAUGUUAAAAAAAAACCUACGUAAAAUAUAUUAUUUUGCAUGAAUGUCAUUUCUGAGCUUUUUACACCUAAAAUUAGGUUGAAAUAGCUAAUUAAUUUGGAACCUAUCAAUUUGAGUGGGCUUUUUCUUUAGUAGUAUAUCAUUUUGGUUGUUGUAGUUUCAGUCUUUCUGAAGCAGAUAUACUGGGAUUGGGGCAGGGUGGGGAGGAGUGAUACUCCUUUCACAGUAAAGUUGGAGCACAGAGAAAAACAAAAAUUAAAGGACUUUGAAGAAACACUGCCUAUACAGUGUUGAGUGCUGAGGAUAUUACACGUUAUUUUUUCAAACAUAUGUAAUAUAUAAAGCAAAUUUAUGUUGUGAUCUUGCCUGAACAGAUUAUAUUUUAAUGAAAAAACUUUGUAUUAAUAGUUCAUGCAAGAGAAAACACUUUCAGCAUAGUCCAGCAUUUCAAAAUCUAAGUGUGUUAGAUUUAAGGAAAAAGUGGCACAACCUUCAAUUUAAAAUUCUAGUCUUUAAAACAAAUUUGUAAAUAAUUAGCUAUUAUGUUCUAUUAAAUUGUUUUAUAUUUUAAUUUUCUGGAAUACAAUUUUAUUUUACAAUGUGAACUCAAAUAAAGUAACUUCUGUAUUUAAAAAAGUCUAAUUUCUGUAUUUUAAGACUUGUACAACCAGUUGUUAACCCCUUUAUCAUUAAAACUUUUUUUUUUUUUGAGACAGAGUCUUGCUCUGUUGCCAGAGCUGGAGUGCAGUGGUGCAAUCUGAGCUCACUGCAAUCUUGCCUCCCAAGUAGCUGGGACUACAGGCGUGCACCAACACGUCCAGCUAAUUUUUAGUAUUUUUAGUAGAGGUAGGGGUUUCACCAUGCAUUAAAACUUUUAAAAAUUGUGUUUUCUCACAGUAAACAUUAAAAAAAACCCAUCAAGUAGAAAAUUUUUACUAAUAUAUGUAUAAAAAACACAAAGCACUUCCUUAUAAUAUUCAUCAAUGUACAUUUAUUUAUUGAGGAAACCAUAAUGAAUACAAAAUUACAGUAAUCAUGUGACCUUUUACAUACAAUGUCAUCAAAGCAAACUCUAAACCACAGUUUGUAAAGUAUUCAAUUUACCUCAAGUCCAAGCUGCAUCUCCCUAAGACACUGUUCCCAUCACAGUAGCCAUUUUAAGCCAAUCUUCUUUUUACACACGGGUAGUUUCUGUAGAGAACAUUUUUCUCAGGACGAAAAUGCAUUGAGCAUGCAUAAGAAAAAAAAUAUAUAUAUGUGCAAAUACAUUUAAGAUUUUUUUCUAUAGGGGUAUCACUGAAGAAAAUAAAACCCUGUGAUUCAUUUGCUUAUUAAAAGCACCAAUUUAAAAAAUCCCUCAAAAGUUUAUAUUGUGGCAAGAAAAAUGAAGUCACUAACUCAACAAAAAAUAAGGUUAUUUUCAGAGCCAAAAUUAUCUUUAAUUAGGUAUUGUUAAAAUGCAUUUUAAAAUGAGGCAGAAUUUGCAGAAAAUAAAAACAAGACAUCCUCACUGAUUAGUAAAAUCUACAUCAUUAUUCUACAAAACAGAUAACUUUCUAAGUAGAGCUGAUUUUACUGGCAGAGUAUUCAAACACAUAAAAUGCUAUCACUUCUGAAUUCCUCCCCUUUCCCUCUGAAGGUACUCUGCUAUUCCUACCCAACCCCACCCUUAUGAAUUAACUACCAAGAUAGUUUGUUUAAAGAUAUAUUUUACAAUGUUUAGAAACAACUAGUAUCAAAUUACUAGUUUUAGUAUUAAAAGCAUUUUUGAUAUUAAAAAAAUAAAACUAUACUUCUCAUUUCUAAAAGAAACAUCAAACUAUAGAAUUCUGAGUAUCACCACACUAAGCUGUCUUAAAAAAAUUAAAAACAUUGUCAAAUUUUGUUUAAGUGUUAAAUAAGUCAGUUCAAUUUCAGUCUAAACUAAACAUUGUUUCUAACACUAAUAUCCAAUGCAUUCAAAUCAACUGGCUCACCUUUUCUGCUUUCCAUUUAUUUCAAACUUAAGAUCAGCGUCAUUUAAAAUAAUGCUUAUAGUAUCAGUGAAGGCUUAUGGUAAUGAAUAAAAGAAUUCUUAUGAGACAGAAACAAUGCCCCAAUAUCUAUUAUCAUUCAUCUAUCUGUAUUUUUUUAAAUGAAAAUGCAAUCUACAACUAACCAAACUCAACAGGCUCGUUUCAAUGAGCCCCUUUAAUUAUCGAUCUUAUAUACCUAUCAUUGACUACUAAAACAUACAUACACAUAAAUGUGUAGUAACUACGUAACUUAAGAAAUUUAACAGUUCAUGGAACAUUUAAGAUUAAGUGAAUAGCACUUUAAAAUGAAAAGUGAUCAAAAGCAGGUACAUUACACCCUAUACCAUAUGUAUGGGAAUACAUUUCAUAUUUCUCAAUUAUGAUUUGCCAAUUUUACCUUCUACAUUGAGCCCUUCUAUGGUCCAUGCUCAUCGGCUCACCAAUGGCAUACACUCAAAGGAUUCCUCUUUAUGGGUAACUAUCUCAGGACCUGAUUUUAUGAGCUAUGAUUUGGUGCUUGCAGCAUCUUCAGCACUGUGUGUGAAAAUGAAGGCAGUAUUUUUGAAUAUUUUUGUUUGUUGCAGAGAUAAGCAGGAGUUUUAAAAGGAUCAGCACAUUUUAGAAAUAGAACAAAACUGAUAAGAUGCUGCUUUCAUACAUUCAUCUUAACUCAAAAUAGGUACCAGUUAAAAUCAUCUAUAAAAACACACAAACAUUUUAAACUGGCAAAAAAUUAAAUUAACGCAGCGUCAGUUAUUAAACUAUUAAAUCAGAAAAAUACUGGUUGCUACAGAUUAUGAAAGGUUAUUUGCUAUACAGUUAACAUUUCACUGAUGCACAUGCCUUUUAUCAAAACAUACUGCCUUAUAACUUUUUCCUUUUUCAGCAUAUAACUUUUGUCUAAGAAAAAAACCAUAAUAAAAUUCUAACCCAUAAUAUCCUUACUGAAUUAUUAUAGUUUAAGAAUAAGAAAAAAAAAAUAAAGAAAUUAUAGCUUUGGAGGGCAAAGAAAUUUUCUGUCAAUCAUAUAAAACAGAUCGUGAAGGCUGUUGAAGUUUCUAAACAAGUGAUUUCCUGAAUCUUGAAAACUGUGUAAUUGUCCUUUCUUAAUCUUAACACUUCUAUAUUUGGGAAAAAAAUACAAAAAGAUUUGGAUGUAGUUCAAUUACUGCAGCAAUCUACUCAUCAUUUUCUUGUUUUAAUAAAAAAAAAAGGUAAAAUAAAAAACAUUACCCAGAUAUGUAAACAGUUGCUUUAACAACUUACAGACUUUCCACUAAGAUGGUAGCAUAAAAUAACAAAAUACAUUUUGGGGAAGCAGUAGCAGAUUGCCUUUGAAUACACAACCACAAAAACCUCACAGGGACAACAUUAAUGUACUGAAAUAUUUAUUUAUAUAUGUCCUUAGGUUGUGCUUACCUGGUGCUUUUUGCAGCAGAACCUAAGGUGGAAGGUCUGGGAAGGCACUGUGAAGUAUAAAUAAUUGCACUGUUUGCAAUUAAUAAAGAUUUUAAACCUUAAAUGAAUAAAAGUCAACAGCCUCCAAUUUGUGAGUUAUGAUACUGAAUUCAACUGAACUACUACUUCAGUUCAAUUAAUAAAUGCACCACUUUCCUAAAAGGUCAUCUAUAAAACAGUAUCAUGCAAAAUACUGCAAUUGUUCACAUCAAUACCCUACUCUUAAAGAUAACAGAUAGCUAACUCCUUAACUAUUAAACUUCAAACCAGAACUAAAUAUCCCGAUCUAAAUAAGGGUAAGGGAAAUCACUCUAGGUUAUAUAAAACAAUCGAAAAACAUUUCAAAAUAUCUACAAUGAACGGUACACCGUACUGCUAUUUCCAUUCUGUAGGUAAUCUCAACAUUUAUGUCCUUGUAUUUCUUCCUUUUAAGUAUAUUUGAAACAAUAAAUGGUGCUCCCCACCAAUGACAAAAUACAUAUUUAUGAAAUGUGUUAAAAUUGCUACAUUGCUCAUUAUUUGCAAACUGAAAUCCCCUGUCUGAUACAUUUCAAGAUUUUCAUAUUAAAUAUAGAAGAUAUGCAUAUUUUACACUGAAAAACAAUAUUGUAGGAGCACCAGUGAAUAAUACUAUUCAACUUUGUUAAGUAUCAGUUUUCUUUAGCUAUUGCUAAAGCACAUAAAAAAAUACUUACCCAUUAAGCUCACUUUAAAAAAAAAUACAGAACUAUGUAUUAUUCUAUGUUAAAUUAAGAAGCAGUUAUGGUUUUCCAAGAUAUCAGCACUGUAUUCCAACAUAAUAUUCACACAAAGUAUGGCAUUUGCAUUAUGUGGAACAUUGACAAAAAGAUACUGUUGCAGUUCAUCAAUUUGUCAUUCUGAUGUACUUACAGUGCAAUGCUCCUUGAAGGAACACAAUCAAGGAUGAUACACAGCACAGUCCUCCUCACCCCUACAGAGCUAGUUCUAUACUGGCUGGAUCAAACCUGCACUUCAACAGACAAUGGCAAGACAGACUGUAUUUGCAUGUAGUCUAAUAUAUUAAUAUGCAAAGAGCCAACAAAUAUGCAGAGUAAAACAAUGGAUUUCAACAAAAUAUCAGAACUUCAGCAUGAGUGUUAAAAGAGUAAUAAAAUGAUUUCAAGUACAUAAAAAAAUUAAGUUGAUUCAAUGAUUGGACUUGUGCAUUUACAAAACAAAGCUUAUCUAUACUGCAUAAAGAAAAAAAAAGCUUCAACGUUUCCAUACCCCAUUUAUGUUUCAAUGGCAGAUGCAAUGUAGCUAUACUUUUUGCAUACUAUUCACUUUUCUAGCCUAAAUUUAGAAAGAAACACACUAAUAUUAUAUACAUUGAAAGAGUUGCUUUACAUGGAAAAAAACUGUUCUUAUUAGACUACUCAUAUUCACUAUCUGUAAACUGUUUAAAAUUAGUUAUGCCGAAACAGUCUUGGAAAUCAAGUAUUACAAAUUAAGAACAGAAAGGUUAACUGUUAUAGCAGCAGUACAGGUCUGAAACAGUGGUCAUGUAUAAAAGGAAAUUUCACUGUUAAUGCAAUGGAAGUAUGCCAAAAGAUCAUUGUACACACAUGCAGUUUUUAAUCAAACAGAAGGAAAAAAAAUAAAGAUAUCAGGAUUACUUGUGCUGAAAGAGCCAAAUACAAUAAAUGGAAAAGAUCCUCCAAUCUACCACUAUACUGCAAGGGGGGAAAAACAUGCCAGUGUUUAAAAACUCAAUAUUUCAUGGGGAAAGCUUAUAUAAUUGUGUAUAUGUAUCUUAAUUUAUCAUUGCUAAGAAAUUAUGAAUCCUUUAAAUACCCACAUAUCCAACUUACCGACACAGGAGGUUUCAUAUCAUUUAUUGUAAAGCACAAAACAGGCAUUUUAAAAGUGAAAGUAUACAUUGAAAAAGUACAUUUAUAUCACAAAGCAUCAACCACAUAAUAAUUGCAAAUACAUUUGCUGGAAUGUGUACAUCUACACUAAAUACUAAAAACAAACCAAUUUUCAUUUCUACACAGAAAUAUUAACCUCCUAUCAGUAGUGAUAGAUAUUUUGUACAUUUUCAAAAAAAAAAAAAAAAAAAAAAACAA